AUGUCCAAUGCACAGCGUCGUCGGAGUAAUCUCGGCUCCGUCCAUUCUCGACAGUCCGUUCGCCAAUCCGUUUUAGUGACGACUGACGAUGCUUACUCUUAUGCUCUACGCUGUGCCUACCUGCACUAUCUCCUUCAACCUCGACCCCGGAGACAGAUACCCGCCCCUGCCGCUCCGGCCAUUCACCGAACCUCUACUAGCUUCCAUGAGGUAAUGCGUGACUUUUCGCACUCGAUGCGUGAUGCAAAGAGCACUCGUUUCCCCAAAGAUUUUAUGCCCAAUCUGCAAAAGAGGCUGGAGAGUGUAUGGAUGGGAAGGGACAACCAUGUCGAAUAUAAAGAUCCAGCAGUCAAGCGUACCUUUGCUGCAUUUUACACCGCAUUCAAAGAGCCCAGAUUUUACGAUCAGGUAUCCAAGUCACGACGAGCGGAAGAUCUAGUCUUGAUCUUCUACUCAUCGGCCACCAAGGAGCUGCAGAAAUUGAAAGCGGAUGAUUCGUGGAAAUGGUUAGCGGACCGCCAUGUUGCCCUGUUUGUCAGGCUUAUGCAUGCAGUUAUCAAAGAAUUGGGCGGCCACCAAGAAUUGAGUAGUAAGUUGGGAACUAUGGAAUCGAAAUUAUUACAACAUGACUCAAAUCUAUCGGAUGAGACUAAUAGACGUUCGUCAACGUCUACUAUCCUGGGUCCCCCGGCGCCAUUGUCUUAUAAUGUUAACGACAUGCCAAUGGUAAAAGUGGUAGCUAAAGUUUUCAACAUACCGUUGGCAACGUGCCAGCAAGAUAUCAAUAUGAAUAAGGCAGCCUGGACUGAAAAAGCAGCUUUGCAAGAUUUGAAAACGUACAAUAAUUUUCUAAGUCUUGGAAAUACCAGGCGUACAUUACGCAGUGACGACUUUGAUACGGAUGAGGCGUGGGAGACCUGGCGGAAAUCGGAGGGCCCGGCAUUAUCGCAACUCAUGUUAGCCAUUGUCCAGUCUAACCCUACCGAGCUUUCAAAGACCACUUCGGGACAGCCAUCCAGCGGGAUGCGGAAUUCUAUCCCUUCUUCUGUUUCGUAUUCCAUACCAGGCGAUUUGGCCCGUCCCUCUUCCAUCUCCAGCUUUGAUCAACCGGUCGACAUGGAAGCCCUUGGUUUGUCCCCAAGUUCUCCCACGGAUUCCACUUUAGACACGCCAUAUACGUACAUUCCACCAGAUCCCCGAAGUUAUUAUCGCGCAGUAGCGGAGAGAUGUUUUACCUACGAUAUAAAUGAUCCUGAUCUUCAACCGAUUGAACUCCCAGGAUCAGAAGAUCCUGUGAGCCUAAUAUCAAAGUCAUCAUUAGAGCUUUUGGCCGAAUGUGGUUUACGUUGGCGUGUUCCAUUAUCUUCCAGAAUAAUACUGUUUAUGGAUGUUAUCCGCUCAAAGUACCAGGACAGCGAAAUCGACCUUUCUAUUCUUGAUACUGCUUUCACGUAUGCCAAGAAUGCCACCUCAUUCGAGUGGCCUACUUGGACUUUGUCGGACCAGAAUAUGUUUCGUCAGAUAUUAUCCGCUGUGCAUGACACGUUGCUUAGAGAGCUUUAUGACAUCCUUCAGCAUGCGUUUGAUGCAAAAGCGAGACCUGUGGCGAGUGUGAUGUGGAUUUUGGAUCAGCAUAUUUAUGAUGAUCCAUUAUUUACCCCAGGCGACAUGGAUAGCUAUGUUGACCAAUUGAAGGAAGGAUUGAAAAUCAGAGCUGGAGAGGUGAUGGAAGAAUUAAUGCGAGACCUACCCCAGGAUAGAUCUGAAUUGGAUCCGUUCCAUGUUGUGGAACUGACACAAAAGGUCGUGAAAUUGGCGGAAAAGAUUAGUAAACGGUUUAAACAGCCGGUUUUAGGCUCUGUCAAUCCUGUCAUGAUCUUUAUUGAGAUUGUAUUUCCCAAGUUUGCUGUCGAGGCAAAAAGCAUAAUCCUUGAUAUCAUGAACAUAUAUAAGGAGAAGAACCAGGAAGUAGAGAUUGAGGACGGUUUCGAUCUCUAUAAAGAACUUGCAGAGAUACGCCGGAUAUAUAGCGAGGCCCAUCCGGAAAAGCGCUUCCCGGUUCAUUUUGAAGAUUUUCUGGCAGAUUUUGUUUGGCGCUGGCUCAAAAACACAGAUAGCAAAGUCAUUGGUUGGGUCGACGAGGCGAUUAAGCAUGACGAUUUCACAAUCAAGAUCCGCGAGGAAGAAGGGCGUGAGCCAACGGAUGACGAGCGGCAUACCCUAUCAGUACUAGAUAUAUUCCGGUCCUUUAACCAAACUGUGGAUUACAUUAAGAAAUUAGAAUGGGGUGAUGACAUUCAGCAUGCCCGCUUCAUGACGGCUCUAUCAAAGACCAUUGGCAGUGGUAUUGCAAGGUAUUGCGAAGUACUUGAGAAACUUUUUACCUUUGAAAUGGACAGACAAACCCCAGAGCAGGAGGCCGCAGCAAACCAGACCAGGCAGCAGAAAUGGAUGGCGUUGGCCAGGGAUGCGUGGAGUAACACGGAAAAAAUCGAGCCAUUCCAGUUUGCUCCAGAGUCAUGCGUGAAACUUAACGAUAUCGAGUUUGCGAUCCUACAACUCGACAAAUUAGAGCACUCUGUAAAUGUCGAUGGUGUUGCAGAGGCCCUUGUACGAGCCGCGCCUCCUCCUGGGAGAAAGCCGCUCAAAAAUUAUGUUUUUACCAUUAAAAUUGUCGAAGCCGAAGACUUGAAAGCUAUGGAUAUUAAUGGUUUUAGUGAUCCGUAUGUUGUUCUCGGGGAUGAAUACCAAAAGCGGUUAGCAAAGACUAGGGUUGUCUACAGAAACCUAAAUCCAAGAUGGGAGGAAACUGUGGAUAUCACCACCCAAGGGUCGAUCUGGUUGACGGCAACAGUGUGGGAUUGGGAUACCGUCGGUGAUCACGACUGCGUCGGUAGAACAAGCAUCAAGUUAGACCCAGCACACUUUGGCGACUUCAUGCCACAGGAACAUUGGCUUGAAUUGGAUACGCAAGGGAGGCUGUUGCUCAGAGUUAGCAUGGAAGGAGAACGUGACGAUAUCCAGUUUUACUUUGGAAAGGCUUUUAGAACACUAAAGAGAACAGAGAGGGAUAUGACCAGGCAGAUUACGGAUAAGCUGUCUGCCUAUAUUCAUCACUGUCUCUCACGCGCAGCUCUCAAAAAUGUCCUAUCCAAAGGUUAUGGCAUAUCUGCAGUAUCUAGUCUUUUUAGCCGGACUGGACUAGGCGCCCGACCACAAUCAACAGUAGGACCUGCAGUUUCAGAAGCGGAUAUCGCGGCAGCAGUUGUUCCCCUAACGGACUAUUUCAAUGAAAAUUUUGCGAUCCUGAACACCACCCUUACCAGUUCAGCAAUGAUGCUUGUCAUGUCAAGGCUCUGGAAAGAAAUUCUAGUGACACUCGAGGCAUUGCUUGUCCCCACAUUGUCAGACCAGCCAUCACAGCAAAAGCCGUUGACUCCACAGGAAUCCGAAGUCUGCUUUAGGUGGCUACAGCUUAUGUUUGAUUUCUUCCAUGUCAUUGACGAGAACACUGGGGAAGCCAGUGGUGUCCCACUCGAGAUUCUUAAAUCUCCCAAGUACCACGAACUCCAAUCGCUCAACUUCUUCUAUUUUGAAUCGACCGACAAUCUCAUCCGUACAUCUGAGAGAAUGGCAAAUGCGGCGGCAGCGCGACAGCAGCAGGCUCGCGCCCGCAUGUCCAAUUCUCACACGAGCAACCAAGUUGGCGGCAUGCUAGGCGUCCCGGGUGCCAAGAGGACAAAGAGUGUGCUGAUGAGUAGAAACCUGGGGACAAUGAGGAAAGCAAAGGAAGAGAAGAGGCGGGAGGCUCAAGCAGAGCCGAGUGAUGACAUGAUUUUGAGAAUCUUGAGAAUGAGGCCCGAGGCAGCUGGAUACCUGAAGGACAGGAGUAGACAAAAGGAAAGACUCGCAGCCACAGCUGCCGCUGAGGCAAUCGUGAGACAGAGUAUGAGUGCGGGGCCUGGAAGGAUGGGCGCCAUGGUUCCGGGUAUGAGAAGAUGA